CGCACUCUGGCUGACAGCGACUUCCUUCCUCAGCCUUACUCCCUGGCCUCUGCCCUGUGUCUGCAGUCCUGUGGCUUUGGGAGCUGACAGCUGGUGGGCUGGAACCCAGCACUCCCUUGGUGCUCAGAGUCCUGCGAUGGCGACCAAUGCCACGAAGCUGCUCUGCCCCCUCCUGGAGCAGAUGAGCCAGCUCCAAAGCCACAGGAACUCCAGCAUCCGCUACAUGGACCACGCGUCGGUGCUGCUGCACGGCCUGGCCAGCCUGCUGGGCCUGGUGGAGAACGGACUCAUCCUCUUCGUGGUGGGCUGCCGCAUGCGCCAGACAGUGGUCACCACGUGGGUGCUACACCUGGCGCUGUCCGACCUGCUGGCCACCGCCUCCCUGCCCUUCUUCACCUACUUCCUGGCCGUGGGCCACUCAUGGGAGCUGGGCACCACCUUCUGCAAGCUGCACUCCUCCAUAUUCUUUCUCAACAUGUUCGCCAGCGGCUUCCUGCUCAGCGCCAUCAGCCUGGACCGCUGCCUGCAGGUGGUCCGGCCCGUGUGGGCGCAGAACCACCGCACGGUGGCUGCGGCCCACAGGGUCUGCCUGGGGCUCUGGGCCCUGGCUGUGCUCAACACUGUGCCCUACUUCGUGUUCCGGGACACCAUCCCAAGGCGGGACGGGCGCAUCAUGUGCUACUACAAUGUGCUGCUCCUGAAUCCGGGGUCUGACCGCAAUGCCACGUGCAACUCGCGCCAAGCGGCCCUGGCCGUCAGCAAGUUCCUGCUGGCCUUCCUGGUGCCGCUGGCCAUAAUCGCCUCGAGCCACGCGGCCGUGAGCGUGCAGCUGCGCCACCGCGGCCAAAGGCGGUCCAGCCGCUUCGUGCGCCUGGUGGCCGCCGUGGUGGCGGCCUUCGCGCUCUGCUGGGGUCCCUACCACGUCUUCAGCCUGCUGGAGGCGCGCGCGCACGCCGACGCGUCGCUGCGGCCGCUCGUGGGGCGCGGGCUGCCCUUCGUCACCAGCCUGGCCUUCAUCAACAGCGUGGUCAACCCGCUGCUCUACGUGCUCACCUGCCCCGACGUGCUGCGCAAGCUGCGGCGCUCGCUGCGUAGCGUGCUGGAGAGCGUGCUGGUGGACGACAGCGAGCUGGGCGGCACCGGCAGUAGCCGCCGCCGCCGCGCCUCCUCUGCUGAGUCUUCGCCGGGUCCCCGUCGCCUGUCCCAAAUCAGGCCCGCGCGCCUCCUUGGCUGCCUGAGGGGCGAGCGCGGCGCGUCCCCGCCCCGGGGCCGAGCGUGCUCCCUGGAGGAGCGGGGCCCGCUGAGCCCGGAGCCCGGCAUCGCUUCCCGCUAGGAGGACGCUCCGAUUCUCCCCGGACGGCGGAGCUAGCAGCCCGCACCGUGCGCAAAGGCCUCGUGAGCGUACGCGAUUUAGAUGCAGCUGUCCCGGCCCCAGCCUCAGAGACCCUAACAGGUAGUUGGAAGGACACGACCCAGGAAUCUGCAUUUUAAAGCGCACCAGACGAUGCAGGAAGAAACAAAGCAAGUUACCGCAGCGCUUCAAGAACUUCGAUUUGAUGCACGCACGGCUCACCCUGGUAGCCGGUUAAAGUGCAGACUCGGAUUUACCUGGGGCUGGGGCGGAGGGGUGCUGAGAUUCUGCGUUUCUAACUAGCUGCCCCCGGGAGGUCAGGACAGCUGGUCUGUGGACCGCGCUUGGAGUAACACUGGGUUAAAAUCAUAACACCUUUCAAACGAGGACAGUGGACACCCAAGGGCACUGGGAUGCAGUUCCCUGGAGUUCAAUGCUUCCACAUGACUGGGGAGAAGUUAUUUUUAUAUUCGACCACUAAUGUAUUUCUGGAGUAGAAAAGUGAGAUCUCAGAAAUCCGGUUCCAGUCUAACCUUCACUUCAGUCAACAUUUAUUGAGCUUUAUCCCACUCUUGAAGCCCUGGUGGCACCAGUGGUUAAGCGUUCGGCCACUAACUGAAAGGUCGUCAGUUCGAAUCCACUAGCCGCUCCUUGGAAACCCUAUGGGGCAGUUCUGCUGUGUCCUGUAGGGUCACUGAGAGUCAGAACUGACUAGGGCAACAGGUGUGGUUUGUUUUCGGUAUCCUCUUAGGAGGCAGGUACUAUUGGUCCCAGUUUUUACAGAGGAGGAAACAGAGGCACAGGGAGUUUAAGUAACUUGCCUAGUUUCAUGGCUGAUGAGGAAGUCUGCACUCUAACCUCCAACCAUUAGAUGCUCAAUACAUACUUGGGAAGCGAAAGAACACCCUUUGGCUUAUCCAAGGUACUUAUGCUAGUAGCUGCCCUGGGGCCCUGGUUUCGAUUUUCUCACUCAGUACUGCCCAGAGCGUUUAUAUAGCAGAAACAACACAGGGUACCUUGGUUAAAUGUUUGUGAAACACUGGGCAAUCAGUCUGAUGGGCUGCUGCUGAAGGUCUUCUGUCUUCAGUGCUAGGAUGCUCACUGCAGCCUCUGAGACCUCAGUCCGUGGCACUUCUAGCUAACUAACUCCUAUCCUGAGCCUUGUGCAGGCCUGGUGUUUUGUGGGGUGCCCUCUGGGCAAAGCUGGGAAUUGCAAGAUCUUUGCAGCGCCCACCAGCCAACCACAUAGGCCCUGGGAAGGGCAGCCGUGGCUCCCAGCUUGUAGAUGAGAGGGUACCUGGCACCUCCUUCUAGCACUGUACUUCCCAUUGCACCAUAACUUUUGUCUAGUAUGUAUUUCCUCGACCCACUGUGGACUUGGGGACAGAGAUGGCCAGUUUUCAGCUCUGCAUCCCCAGGACUGGCCUGCAAACGCUGGGUGGGUGGAGCAUUAGUGGAACAGCUAGGAUGAGAAACACUGGUCUCCCUCAGCAUCUGGGUCUCAUGCCCCUUCUGCCACCCCCAGGCUGGGGUUCCCAAAGGCUGGGCUGGCUAGCUCCUUGUUUCUGCCCAGUCCUAGCGCUAGGCAGUGCCUGGCCCACAGCUAGCACUCAGCCACCUGAACAGCUGGCAUCCCAUCUCAACGCCUCACCCCAUGCCC